UCCCCCUUCCUCUCCUCUCCCCCAAUUAACCAAAAAAAAGUUUUCUCUUUUUUUUUUCUCCUCCUUGAUAGUAGUAAUAGUAAUAAUAAUAAUAUUCUCCUCUGUUUCGGAGAGAUGGGGAAGGAGACGAACCAGAGAGGGAGAGGGGACAGCAACUCCAUCUACCCGUUGGAGAUGAAUCCAACGGCCAACAGGGCUCCUCCUCCUUCGGCGCCGAGUAAGGGCGACUACAAGCCAUUUCGGCAAUGGUUUCCGUGGCUGGUGCCGACUUUCAUUGUGGCCAACGUCGCCCUCUUUAUUAUCACAAUGUUCGUGAACGAUUGCCCCGGUAAUGUCGGCGCCGACUCCUGCGUCCUCCGCCGCCUCCUCGGCCGCUUCGCGUUCCAGCCCCUCAGGGAAAACCCCCUCCUCGGCCCCUCCUCCACCACGCUGCUGAAGAUGGGGGCUCUGGAAGUGAAUAGAGUAGUUCGUGACCACCAGCGUUGGCGCCUCAUUACAUGCAUUUGGUUACACGCAGGCGUUGUUCAUAUACUCGCCAAUAUGUUGAGCCUUUUGUUAAUUGGAAUAAAACUCGAAAAAGAAUUUGGAUUUGUGAGAAUCGGCCUACUAUAUGUCAUCUCUGGGAUCGGUGGGAGCUUGUUAUCUGCUCUUUUUAUGCAAUCAAGUAUCUCUGUUGGUGCGUCGGGUGCUCUUUUUGGAUUGCUAGGGUCCAUGCUUUCAGAGCUUAUUACAAAUUGGACAAUUUAUGCGAACAAGUUUGCAGCAUUGUUGACCCUUGUCUUCAUUAUUGCUAUAAACUUAGCUGUCGGGAUCCUUCCGCACGUCGACAAUUUUGCUCAUAUUGGAGGGUUUAUUACGGGAUUUUUCCUUGGAUUUGUGAUUUUGAUUCGCCCCCAAUUUAAAUGGAUUAGCCAAAAGAGUGCUCCUCUUGGAUAUCACAGCAGUCCGGUCAAACACAAGCACAAGAUGUAUCAAUACGUAUUAUGGGUGAUUGCAGCUAUAGUACUAAUUGUUGGGUUCAUUCUUGGCCUAGUGAUGCUUUUCAGAGGCGUCAAUAUGAACGAACACUGUUCCUGGUGCCAUUAUUUGAGCUGUGUCCCUACUUCAAAAUGGAGCUGCAAAUCACAAACUCAGUCCUGCUUGAGUUCACUCAGUGGGAACCAGUUGAAUUUGACAUGCCAAGGAAGCGGGAAGACCCAAACGUACUGGCUUGACGAUUCAAAAUCAAAUUCGACAAAUUUGAUUUAUCAGAUGUGCGUCGAGUUUUGCAGUUGACAACGGGUGUACCAUGUUUUUGUACCAAUACUUGCAUCAUACUUAACAUAUAUUGUAUUCAAGAAAGUUAAGCUUACUUUGUUUGCAAAAUCUCCUGGUAUCGCCUUCUGCAUUCACGCUUGGUGUUGAAUUGCGUCGACUUCCUCUGAUGACAGCUUUUCUACUCUGAUAAAAAAGUUUGUAGCUUUUUGUUGCAGUAAGAAGCUUUCGGUAGGCAUUAUAUAAAACCACUUGGAGCGGCGAAAGCUAUACGAAUAUAUGACCAAUUUGAACAAAUUCUUCUACUCAGCAGUACUGUUUGAUGGGCGAGUGCACUUGUAAUGUUUAAUCCAUGUGCAUGUUGUUUGGAUAAGAAAAGUUGUCUGCGUUUUCAGCUACUAUGGUCCUCCAAUUAACACUUUUA